CCGCCAGAGCGCAGUCGGACGCCCGUCGCCAGUCGCUCUCCGUCCGAGCCAGUGCCACCAUCUCCGUGAUACGCACGCACCGACGGCUUUUUGUAAAAAAAAAAAAAAUAGUGUUCAUUGUGAUAAGGUUUUUUUUAAAAUUGUUUAUCGGACUGCGAUCCGGAUGGACUAGUGUUCUGCAAGCUGUGUCCGAGCGUGCCCUCAUGGCGAUGUCUGCGUACCCACAGUUCGGCUACUCGUACCACGCUACAGCUUCACCGCCAACGCCGCAGGUAGCAGUAUCGCCCGGAGGGAGUACAGGUGGUGCCGUAUCACCCACACCGGGCAGCCCCUGCUGCGACGGCGGAAGACCCGUCCUGUCCGACCCCGUCUCCGGGCAGACGGUCUGCUCUUGCCAGUACGACACGACAGCGAGGCUGGCACUUUCUUCCUAUCCUAGGCCGCCCGUGUAUUCAGCACACUACCCAUCCACAGACCAGAAUCCGUACCCCAGUAUAGACAGUUCGGCCUUCUACUCGCCCUUGGGUAAUCCAUAUGGACUCAAAGACACCUCCACGACGGGCGACAUGAGCCCAUGGGCGAGCGGACUCCAACCCUCCUCUGGCUACUACCCUUAUGACCCUACAUUAGCAGCCUAUGGGUAAGUGCU